AUGGUUUCCGUCAGUACCCUUUCUGGGGGCCUCAAGUUGGCAGCAUUCAGCUACUUAGCUACAUUGGCCACCGCCAGCCCAUUGACAAGCCGAGGAACCAUUGCCUCUGACGAAAUUGUGGGAUUCGCUCAAACUGUUCCUUCCGGAACUGUGGGUGAUGUCUAUCUCGCCUACCAGCCUUAUCUGUAUGUGGUCAAUGGAUGUGUUCCUUUCCCAGCCGUUGAUGCGGAGGGUGAUACAAAUGCUGGUCUCGCCGUUACAGGAUCUUCCGAUGGCGACUGCAGCAGCAGCACAGGCCAGAUUUAUGUUCGCGGCAACAGCUCUGGCGAUUACUAUGCACUGAUGUACGCUUGGUAUAUGCCAAAGGAUGAGCCAUCUGACGGUCUCGGCCAUCGUCAUGACUGGGAGGGUGCGAUUGUCUGGCUUUCCGACUCCACCAGCACAACAGCUGACAACAUUGUUGCUGUCUGCCCUUCUGCUCAUGGAAACUGGGACUGUAGUACUGAUGGAUUCACACUGGAUGGCACUGCGCCAUUGAUUGAUUAUGAAAGCAUCUGGCCUCUUGAUCACUCCUGUGGCCUGACAAGUACUGUGGGUGGUACUCAGCCUCUUAUCGCUUGGGAAUCCCUCCCAACAGUUGCACAGGAGGCUCUGGAUACCACUGAUUUUGGAAGCGCUAUUGUGCCUUUCAUCGAUGCGCACUUUGAUACCAACCUGGAUAAUGCCAGUUUCUAA